AUGGAUGCAUUCAAUAAAGGCUUUGCCUCUUUCACUUCUUCUCUUCAAGGCCUCGGCUCUCAAGUCACCCCUAUCACUAGACGUACUACCCGUCUGAUUCAAGAAACCAUUGGCAGUGCCGAUGAAAAGACUAAACUUCCUGAAGAAUAUCUUGAAUUGGAACGCAGAGUCGACGCUCUCAAAACUGUCCACCAGAAACUCCUUUCUGUCACAUCCCAAUACGAAAAUGAAAGUUACGACUACCCCCCUAACCUUAAGGAGUCUUUCACCGACCUUUCCAAGACCAUCUCUGAAAAGGUCGCAGGCCUUUCACAGGUCUCCUCUGCCGCUGAGGCUGGUGCCGUUCUGACUGCUGCCCCCUCAAACAAGGAGCACAAAACCCUUCACCAUGCUCUGAGCCGUGCUGCUGCUGCCGGUGCUGAGGCACUCGGUGACUCUGCUGAUCCUCUUGCUUCUGCUCUUGAAAAGUAUGCCGUUGCUGAGGCUAAGAUUGGCGACGCCCGUCUGUCUCAGGACUCUCUUAUUGUCAGCCGGUUUAAUGCCGCCUUUGCUACCACCCUUAACACCUCUCUCCGCUUCGCCGCAAAAGCCCGUGCAAAUGUCCACAAGGCCCGCCUCAAUCUUGACGCUGCCAAGGCUGCUGCCAAAACUGCAAAGCCUGAGCGUCAGGUUGCUGCCCGUGUCGAGGUUGAACAAGCUGAAGACGAAUUUGUUGCUGCCACUGAGGAAGCUGUCUCUGUCAUGAAGAACAUUCUUGAUACCCCUGAGCCUCUCCGUAACCUUUCGGACCUCAUUGCUGCCCAACUUGCUUACCACAAGGCUUCUGUCGAGAUUCUUAACCAACUUCUCCCGGAAAUUGAUGAGCUGCAAAGUGUCCAGGAUAACAAGUACAGAGAGGCACGUGAGGCUUCUACUUAG